AGGGUGGAUGUGUUCUUAGCAACAAGCCAGAGGAGUGUAGGAGGGAGAUAUAGGAGAGAUAGGAGUGGAGCAGUGACACAAAUGCGUGUUAAGAGGAAGAAUUGCCUCUAGAUUUGAAUGAAUUAACGUGUGUCUGUGUUCGUUUAACAGUGAAGAUGACAGGGAGGAGCUUGUCAAGACCACAAAGACUUAUUUAACUGUGAAUAAUAGAGAACGACAGCUACUGUUAUCAUUUUGAGUUAACUUGUUGGAUUAUCGUGAGAGCUGCAUGGAGGUCUGGAGGAUGUGGGCUUUUGACUUGAUCGAAGAAGCUGUCAUAAUGACAUUUAUUUUAUCCUUGAACUUGAUCAGCCCGUGUCUUAUGGGCUUCGUACAUGGAAAUCGACAUAUGGGUUCCUGUGUUUAAUUACGCUGUUUUGGUAAAGUUACACUUUUUGCCUAAAUACACACCUGUGGUUUUACUGAUCUGUGUAUCUUCGAUGCUCCACAGCGCAGACGUUUUUGGAGCCUCUCUUCAGGGCAGAGAGAGCUAGCCUCUCCCUCCCCAGUCCCUUCAACCACAACAAUCAGAGAUGUUCUCUCGGAAUCGCUGCAAUGGACAGGACAGCACAGGAGUCCCUCAAUAUCCCAGACCCAAAAAGAAAACGGGGGUGCCAAAAAGGAGGCAGCCUAAUCCCAGAGUUGCUGUGGUGCUACGUGGGAAAAUUCACCGUUUCCUCCAGGGUUCUGCAGAUCAUAGUGUCCAACCUUCUGAGCUUUACAAUGCUGGAAUUGAAGAAGAGGGUGAAAAUGGGGAAGAAGAUGUUGAGAAGUUGCAGAAUUACUACAAGAGAGGAUUGGAUUCAGCAGAGGUUUGCUGUUCACCUCAGGUUCCAAAUGGGCAUGUUCGUGGAGCAGUUUCUGAAGCACCUUGCGUUGGUGAGGUGGAGCUAAAUCAAGAGGGAGGAAUCAAGAUUCCUUGUACCUUACAGCACAACAGUAGUCAGAACCAUAUCUCGCCAGGUAGUGAACUUGGUGGCGAGUCUAAAAAACAGACAGACUCCUUGCUAUACAGGUUUAAUAUGACUAUUCAGGAUACAAUUGUGGAGGGGAAUAAUGAGGACAAUCAAGAGGAAGAAUCAAGUGCUAUCAUUGAACACAUCAUAAAGGAAUUGCGAGGGAUCAACAAAAUUCAAGAGGAGAUUUCAGACUUAAGAGAGUACUUGUCAUCUGUACGUGGUUCUGUUGAAGAGGUGUCCAGCUGUGUGGAUGCUGUCCUAAUGGAGAUUGAAGGCAUGAGAUCUGGAACUAAAUCUGGUGUGGAGACCUGGCCUGGGGCAACUGGUGGAACUGAUGGUACAUCCCAUCAUCACAAAUUAAACAAUACCUUAACCCAAAGCUGUUUUAAGCCUUCCAUGGUUGAAUCAUCAAGUAGCUUUGCUAAUAUACUAUCUGAAAAUAAAGUUCUUGAUGGAAAAUACAAGGAAUUGCCGAAGCAGGGACUGGGAAUUGGGGGUGUAUGUCCGUCAGUAAGAUCCCAGACCACAUUUGCUGGUGCCGAGACUGCAGAAUGCAUUGAACACAUUCCAUUUGCACAUGAAGCAUCUGAUCAGAGGUCAGAAGCACCUCAAGGUACCGGGAGAAGGAAACUAAGCUUUGGUUACCUUGAGCGCCAGGAUGGCCAAGACUGUCCAAGCACUAGCUCACCCUCUUCAGGUCAAAGUUCCAAGUCCGAGUCUGAUCCAGAAAGGGUGACUCUUGGGCAGGGCAGCACUGGGAUUAAAAGUCAGAGCUGGAACCCAGAGGCUUUAAAACACUUUGGAAGUGGAGAGAUUGGAUGGAGUGAAGAAGAUACUUGCUCCAGACAAGGAAGUUUUGAAGAGGCGGAUAACAGGGACGAAUCGAGAACUGCCAACUUCUUAGGUCAGCUAUCCGUCCUAUCUGAAAAUCACUGCAACUCCCCUUUUAGUACUUGCAGUAGAGAGAAUUGGAAGACAUUGAAGCACUACGAUGCUGAUAUACUCCCAGAAGAGCCUGGAUUGGAUUGCCAUAAUCGCACCAAGGUCUGUCCUCAGAGCUCUGUUUAUUAUACUGCCGCCAUGUAUGAGAAUGAAAAGGUCAAUGCUCCAUUCUUGAGUCUAAAUAACAACUCGACUGGAUUUAAAGCAGAUGUCUGUGAAUCUUCCUUGUCUGAUAAAUGCCCAGUUAAUAUUGAUCUUAAAAGUGAGUCAAUAAAAUGUGGGGUUGUUGAGCAUUCCUGUAAAACAUCAAUAACUGACAGGAACCUUCUGUAUGAAGGCACUUCACUCUGCAAUUUCCCUGAUUGCGAGUCUGACUCUAUUCAUGCCAGUAAUGUAGCCUUUAAUGUUAAAAAGUUUGGCAGAGCAGUUCUUGACUUUAAAAGUGCUAUGCGGGGAGCAAUAAAGAAGCUAGAUGGAACUAACUGUGCUUUGCCUGGAGAGAUCAAUCCCCCCAUAUCCACAUGUGGGGAGCAAAAAGCAGUAAAUGUCCCUAAUAUCAGAACACCAAAUGGAGAGGCAUCUCAAAUACAGACAUCCUUUGUGAAGACUUCACAAACCCUCUAUUCAGAGCAACAUCAACACACCAAUACAGAUCAUGGCUUUGUAGAUAUACCCGAUUGCAUCUCUACCCAAGAAAAGCCUGAAUCUGAGAAUGUAGGACAGAGUGAUAACUCUCCUCACCAGUGUAAUGUUGAGGAUUCAGAGCAUUCAAAAUCAUCAGAGAUGGACCCACCCACGAGUAAUACAUCUGAUACAUCCGAACAUCUCACAAGUGCUGACUGCACAGACAUUGUCCCACAUUCUCUUUUACAUGAGGAACUAGCAGGUGAAGAGGAACAGAGAACACUAGCAGAAGACACACUACAAACUCCUACAGAGUCAUCUUCUGAAGUUGGUAGUAGUGAAGCGGAGCUUAGUCAGAGAGAUGCACGUCGUCUUAAGUGCCUCAGGAGUUUCCAGCAGAUCCUGAGGGAGAAAAGAGAAUCCAGAAGACACCUCAGUAUGGUGACCAUGUCAACAUUUUCUGAGGAUGAUUUUAAUCCAGAUGGCAGCCAGGAUGAAGAUCAGAACCUCAAUGGAGACCACAACAGACAUCCAUGGGCCAAACCUGGUGGAGGAGGAUUAUUUGGCAUUGAUAGCAUGCCUGAUCUUAGGAAGAAGAAACCUAUACCAUUGGUUAGCGAAGUGUCUCUGGUGCAGUCCAGGAAAGCAGGGAUCUCGCAUGCAUUAGCUGUUCGCUCUUCACUAAAGGAUGAAGAAUUGAAGAGUCAUGUGUACAAGAAGGCCCUGCAGGCUCUGAUUUACCCUAUUUCUUGCACAACACCCCAUAACUUUGAAGUGUGGACGGCCACCACGCCCACUUACUGCUACGAGUGUGAGGGCUUGUUGUGGGGUAUUGCACGCCAGGGCAUGCGCUGCUCAGAGUGUGGGGUCAAAUGCCACGAAAAAUGCCAGGAGCUCUUCAAUGCUGACUGUUUACAAAGAGCUGCAGAAAAAAGCUCCAAAACUGGAGCAGAGGACAGAACCCAGCAUAUAAUCUCAGCUAUGAAGGACCGCAUGAAAAUCCGUGAGAGAAACAAACCUGAGAUAUUCGAAUUCAUAAGGCUCGUGUUCAAUAUGACCAAACUGAGUCAUGCUCAGCAGAUGAAGUGCAUUAAGCAGGCUGUACUCGAUGGAACGUCUAAAUGGUCUGCUAAGAUCUUCAUUACAGUGGUGAGCGCACAGGGCCUGCAGGCUAAAGACAGAACUGGUUCCAGUGAUCCGUAUGUGACGGUUCAGGUUGGAAAGACUAAAAAGAGAACCAAAACCAUCUACGGUAACCUUAACCCUGUGUGGGAGGAGACAUUCAACUUCGAGUGUCACAAUUCAUCUGAUCGUAUUAAACUGCGUGUAUGGGAUGAAGACGAUGAUAUAAAGUCAAGGGUGAAGCAACGUCUAAAAAGGGAAUCCGAUGACUUUUUGGGUCAGAGCAUCAUCGAGGUCCGAACUCUGAGCGGAGAAAUGGACGUCUGGUACAAUCUCGAAAAGCGCACAGACAAGUCGGCAGUAUCAGGGGCUAUUAGACUGCAGAUUAGUGUGGAAAUUAAAGGAGAAGAGAAAGUGGCCCCGUAUCACAUUCAGUACACCUUUUUGCAUGAGAAUAUCUUUCACUAUGUGACUGACAUUGAAGGUCAGGGUGCAGUUAAGCUCCCUGUGGCACGUGGAGAUGAUGGCUGGAAGGUCUACUUUGAUGAGGUUGCUCAAGAUAUUGUAGAUGAGUUUGCCAUGCGCUACGGAAUCGAAUCCAUUUAUCAGGCCAUGACGCAUUUUGCAUGUCUAUCCUCUAAGUACAUGAUGCCAGACGUCCCUGCGGUGAUGAGCACCCUCCUGGCCAACAUUAAUGCUUUUUACGCUCACCCCACUUCAGCCACCAGCGUCUCUGCAUGUGACCGCUUCACUGCCUCCAAUUUUGGGAAAGAUCGCUUUGUUAGACUGCUGGAUCAGAUCCAUAACUCUCUUCGCAUUGACCUGUCAACAUACAGAAAUAAUUUCCCAGCUAGCAGUAAACCUCGCCUGGCGGAUCUCAAAUCCACGGUGGAUUUAUUGACUAGCAUUACAUUCUUCAGAUUGAAGGUGUUGGAAUUGCAGUCUCCUCCGCGUGCGGCUCACAUGGUCAGGGAUUGCGUAAAAGCGUGCCUUAAUUCAACGUAUGAGUACAUCUUUAACAACUGCCAAGAACUGUACAACAGACAGUUUCAACCAGCUGUGGAACCUCAGAAACCUAAAGAAAAAAAGGAGGAAGAGGAUGAUGAAGAUGAUGAGGAUAAAGCAGAAGAAAAAGAGGAAGACAAUGCCACUGCAGAGGAACCAGGACCAAGCGUCCAGAACUUGGACUUCUGGCCCAAACUCAUCACCUUAAUAGUGUCCAUCAUCGAAGAGGAUAGAAACUCUUACAGUCCUAUAAUAAAUCAGUUUCCUCAGGAACUGAACGUGGGGAAGGUCAGUGCUGAGGUGAUGUGGACACUCUUUUCUCAGGAUAUGAAGUAUGCACUGGAAGAGCACGAGAAGCUCAGGCUGUGCAAAAGUGCCGACUACAUGAAUCUGCAUUUCAAAGUGAAAUGGCUCUAUAACGAAUACGUCCACGACCUGGCCGCCUUCUCCAACACCGUCCCAGAGUACCCAUCGUGGUUUGUGCCAUUUGUUUUGCAGUGGCUGGAUGAGAAUGAGGAAGUGUCAAUGGAGUUCAUGCAUGGAGCUCUUGAGAGGGAUAAAAGAGAGGGGUUCCAGCAGACAUCUGAGCACGCUCUGUUCUCCUGUUCGGUCGUGGACAUCUUCACUCAGCUUAACCAGAGCUUUGAGAUUAUCAAGAAACUAGACUGCCCUGAUCCUGUGGUUGUCGGCCAAUACAAUCGACGCUUUGCCAAGACCAUCACCAAAGUGCUCAUGCAGUAUUGUGCUACUCUCACCAAGAGCUUCCCAUCUUACUGUGAGAAAGAGAAGACUCCGUGUAUGUUGAUGAAUAACGUUCAGCAGAUCCGUGUGAUGUUGGAGAAGAUGUUCGAAUCUAUGGGAGCCAAACAGUCUGUGGCCAAGAAGAAGCAGGAGGAAAAGAAAGACAAAGAGAAAGAGAAUGAGAACACAACUACAAAGGUGUCUGAUGGAGCCGAGAAUGAUGCAACAGUCAACACAAAAAAGCUUGACUCGGAGGCUGCAGAUAUCCUCAAUGACUUGCAAGGGAAGCUUAAUUCUGUUCUGGAUAACCUGAGCGCCGUGUUUGCCAAGAGUUUCCAGGGUCGUAUAAACGUGUGCAUGCGACAGAUGGCCGAGAUCCUGUACCAGAAUAAAGGUCCUCUGAAUCAAAACAGUCGUAACACCGUAGAAGCUGAUGCAGACAACGCGCUCCGACCGCUUAUGGAGUUCCUUGAUGCAAACCUCAGCAUCUUUGCAGACAUAUGUGAGAAGACGGUGUUGAAGCGCGUGUUGAAAGACCUGUGGAGAAACGUUUUAAUCUGCAUGGAGAAAACUAUUGUGUUGCCCCAGAGCAGCGACAGUAUUGGAGUUCAACUUCUUACUGCUGCUAAGGAGCUUUCUAAACUAAAGGGAGGGGCGGAGCCGAAAAGCUUGUCACCGAGGCAAUGUCUCAUCAUGGAGGCGACGCUGGAUGCAAUCAAGCUGUUCUUCCAUGCCGGUGGGAACGGUUUAAAGAAAGUCUAUCUGGAGAAGAGCCCUGAGCUGUCAUCUCUGCGAUACGCUCUAUCCCUCUACACACAGGCUACUGAUGCUCUUAUCAAGGCAUUUUUGACAACGCAACAUGCUCAGGUUCAAAAUGGCAUGGGCAUCAGGAUCACCCCCAAAGAGAACGUUCGACCUGACAGAGGCUCCGAGGUUGAGCGGCCAAUAGGAGAAGCAGUGAUUCAGUUGGAUUUGUCGCCCCCUGCUGGAAACACCGAGCAGAAACUCAGCGUGAGAGUGGUUGCUGUGAAUGACAUGAAAUGGCAGACAUCAGGUAUGUUUCGCCCGUUCGUUGAGGUGAACUUGAUUGGUCCACAACUAACGGAGAAGAAACGGAAGUUCACAACCAAAUCUAAAAACAACAGCUGGACGGCAAAAUACAACGAGGCCUUUCAAUUUGUGAUGGGUAAAGGUGUGAAUCUGGACUGCUAUGAGGUUCAGAUAACGGUGAAGGAUUACUGUUUCGGCCGGGCAGACCGGGUGGUCGGGAUUGCGGUACUGCAACUGCGUGAUGUGGCGGACCGGAAAAGCUGCGUGUGCUGGUGUCCGCUUGGUCCCUGUAUUAAUAUGGAUGAAACCGGAACCACAGUACUACGAAUCCUCUCUCAGCGCUCGAGCGAUGAGGUCGCCAAAGAGUUUGUCAGACUUAAAUCUGAGACCCGGCCUGUCGAGGAGGGGAGAUGAAGACACUUUGGUAUUUUGGAACUGACUACAAGGACCCACACUGUUUCUAAAAUUGUGCAUAUUUAUUCAAAGCCUUAAGAGGUACGUAACUGUUUGACUGGCUGUGUGCAUCACGAUGAUCAUCUGGACUGGAGGAAGUGCUUUUAUAAAUCUGCAAGUUGUGAGAAUUUAUUGAAGAAUGUUUAAAGCACUUUGCAAUGGCAUUGGAGACAUUACGGAAAAUGUGCAUGCGCAAGACGCAUUUCGGUUUUAUGAUACAAAGUUGUUGCCAAAGCACAAGUCUUGUAGCUCAUUCCACACUGUUCCUUGUGGCCUUUGAGUGGGAGGAGUCUUUACAAAGGGGGAGUGGUCUAACAAGAGCUAUUUAAAUUAUUACAGUUCUUGGCUGCCCAACUUUGAUUGAUUAAACUCACAUGCGCUAAACAAAAAUGUUUUUGACAUUUUUUUAAGGUCUUCAUUCGCAGACGUACUGUAAACACUUAAGUUUCCACGUUGUUUAAGGGAGUAUGUUUAGAGUAUGUUUACCGUACUUUCCGGACUAUAAGCCGCAUCAUUCAAAAAUGCGUAUAUAUAUAUAUAUAUAAGUUGAAGUGCACUAUACGUUGUGUUUAUUUAGAAAUUUAUUUCACAAAAUCCAAGCCGCAGAACAGACAUAUAAUCUGGAAAAGGCAAGUUAUUCAACUAGACAAUAGCAGACAGAAGAGCAGGCUGAAUAGAUGUCUUUACGUUAAAAGUAAUAUUAUCAGUUAUUUAAACGAUAAACCAUAGCAUAAAGAACUUACCUGUAACGUGAAUAGGCUAAAUUAACCGAACAAGCCAACUAGCGUGAAGUUUGCAUACUCUUCAUUCCACAUUACAGAAUCCAUUGAAUUACAUAAUUACAGAAGCAGCAUAUGGCGGACUCUUGCGGCUAUAGACGGUAAUGUUGUCUCUUGCCUCAUAAAUGUCAAAAUUAGACGCACCUGACUGUAAGACGCAGCACCAGCCAAGUUAUGAAACAAACCGUGGCUUAUAGACCGAAAAAUACGAUAAGAUGCUAAAAUAAGAAGUUUUUUUUUUUGCAUACCGGUGUCCAUGUAAACAUACUGAUAGAUACACAUAUUCUCAUUCCUAAUGUAAUUCCUGAAAAUUAUCUUUGUAAUACCUGUCGUUCAUCAUCUUUGUUUGACUUUAAAGGUAUCUGUGAUGUGCUCAGAUUUUUCCAUUUAAUUUCGAGCAGCUUUAUUUGUUUACAAAUAGCCUAAAAACAAUAGUACAUACUUAACAUCUAUAGACCAACCAGUGCCAGCCAAUAAGAAGGGAGAUAUGAAACUUUGUUUACCUUGUGCCAAGUAGUUGUAUGCUAACAUUUUGAGCUGUAAUAGUUUUUGGUGUUGUUGUUGUUUAUGCACAACCAAACAGAUGCACACUUUCUGUAAAGUAGAUUCCCUUGUAGGCCUAUUUAUUGUAAGCAACUUUAUGUAUGUAUUGUCAAUAAGUGAAAAGCUAUUUAUGUAUUUAAAACUUUAUUUAUAAAAUGUUUAUGAAA